UAGUUUUAUUUGAAAUUCAUCUUGGUAGAAUAUUAUAAAAAAAAAACAGCCAAUAAAGAAUACAAAACCUCCUUCAUGAAAUCACAAAAAAGGUAUAAACAACAUACAUUACAAAACCAUAAAAACUUUUUACUGCUUCAAGUUUAUUUGAAACGCUAAACAAGCGUAUCCUUUAAGGCUUUCCUUUAACAUCCUUGCUAAAACUAGAACCCACGUAUGUAAGUGCAGGGUACUCGUUUCCUACGACGAGGCUAUAUAAGCUAGCCUUUGGAUCCAACCCUGACAUUGCCCUAAGAGUACCCUUUCGAGAGUGCGAAGGACCUCCACAAUGAAAUUCAUCGCGUUGGUUAUUUUAGUGUUCGCAGUAUGUGGACGUGCUGACGAUAAUUCUACGAGUACGCCGAAUCGACAGAAACGAGCUAUGCUAUUUUUCGACGAAAAUGGCAACUUGAUGAAGUCGUUCAUAACUCCGUAUAUGCAGGAGCUCGCGAAGUACGCCUUGAGAAAACCGGAAAAUGAGAAUUUCUUGGAAUAUUUCUUCAACUUUUUACGGCCUCUGAUCAUCAACACAUCGACGGCAGCUUUCAUGAUACCAGUGUCCCAAGACGUAGUGCAGCAGAUCAUCAGAGACCCGCUGUACCAAAACAAGCUAAUGAUAUCCUCGCGAGGACCAGAUUACAACCCGCUAUGCGUCGGACGCAGGACUCAGAUACCAGCUCCUAGCACCUGCAGGGGUUUCCUGAGCUGCUGGGAUGGAUGGGCUUACGAGCUGGAGUGCCCUGAAGGAUUGAUGUUUUCUAGUGAAGGCUACUGCGACUAUGCUGACAUGGUGAAGUGCAAAGAUCGGGCUUCAUUGAUUCCAGAUCCUGCAUCACCGCAGUGCCGCCAAGACUUCGAGACCUUCAGGAAUGAGCUGAACUGCAACGAGUUCUUCGUGUGCGUUAAUCACAAGCCGGUCAAGUUCAAGUGCCCUGCUAAUCUAGCCUACAGCCAGAACUUAGGCGUCUGUGAUUACCCGAAUCUGGUGGACUGUUCGAGCUCUUCAGGGAACCCUCCCCAAGCACCUGCAGUCGUCCCAACCACGCCAUCAGUUCCAACAACCAUCCCUCCGAUUCCCACCGAGCCAUCGACUACCAAACCUAUCUUCGCACAAAGACCUGUUCCACCUGAAGUCGUCAAUCUGCCAUCAACAUUUCCAAGCACCAUUUUCCAGCAGAUAAAUAAAAUCCCUGAUUCAUCCUACUCCGAUAACCGCGUGGAUCAAUCAAACAUCGUACCCGGUAUCCCAGCGGCUACUACAAAUGCUUUAGAAGAUACCAAACUCCCAGAUUUUCAGUUCAAGCCGAAGAUAACUGACGGAAACGCAAUAUUCAUGCAGAAUUCCGUUUAUAAUAACCAGAACUGGGCAACUCCUGUAGCCAUAAUGUCUCCACAAGACGCAGUCCGUUUUCUGAAGUUCAAGGAGCUUACAGACGCGAAUCCAGAACAAUCGAACUGAUCAAUACAGUAUUAUAAAAUUGUGUGCGAUUUGUAUACAUCACGUCUAUUUAAAGUCCUAUUCUAUUAGUUUUUUGUAGAAUUAUACAUUAUAAGAUAUCCGUUUGUCGUUUUCUUUAUAUUCACCUUUAGAAUGUCCUGGCAUCUAAAAAUAUAAAAUCGAAC